AGAGGAGAGGAAAGAUUCUGGAGAGUCUGACCAAUAAGGCGGAUAUUGCAAUUUUACCUUUUGCACAUGUCCGAUGUCGUCAUUGGGAAAUCACUAUCCCACUGCCUUGUAUCAUAGAAUGGAUCAGCAGAGGCUGGCAGUCCGGACUGAUGCGGAAACAUCAACAUUAAAUCAACUUGAUGGAGAGAACUAGAGGAGUCCCUUUAAGAUGACACGCACAGACCCUCCUGACAUACUGGUAUCAACUGUGCAUCGAGAUAUUAAAGUGGUCCCCAUUUAUUCACACUACAGGUCCUUGCAACCUUCCAAACAAUGUGAUUCUAUAAAUUACACACUGGAGGACAGCAAGAGCAAAGUCAAUAAGAGGCACUGCCGUACCUUUGACUAUAAAUCAUUGGAAUACCCCAAAUCCCAGAAAUACUCAAUGGAGUCCCCAUACAAGAAGGCUAAUAGGCAUGCAGCCAACCCAGAUGUUGCCUGGAAUGCCUUGGGCCGUCAGCAGAGAUACCGCUUUUCUGCUCCGGACAUUUUCAACCAUAGGUUAACUCCUCAACCAAUGGCUGCAGAUAUGACCAGUGAAGUUAUUGUCCCUGAACAAAAAAGAAGGACCAGGUCAAAAAGUGCACCUCGGGUCCAGACCAGUCUCACCCCUGUGUCUUUUGAAGGGUCCUCCUCUUCAGGGAGGAAGGGCAGGGAGUCCCAAAGGGCUCCGAGAGACUCUCGCGGGAGACCAGAAGUAUCACCGCGUAGGGAGUCCUCCCAUGCAGCAACAAGGGCUCAUAUGCAUGACGUCCAUCCCAUUAAGUUGCAACCACAAAUAAGUGACAGCAGUAGAUACUCAUCUCACUAUGCUGCUGAUAAUUCUGAGGAUGGAGGGAUGGAUAAACCAGCAACUAGCCCUCAUGUCAGGUGUCGGGUGGACAUCAAACCUGAUGACGCAACAUUACAUCAUUCAGAACGGAAACAGGCUACACCUCAAGUGGACAUACCCUGGCAGAGGCACCAUAGUGGGGGGAGUAGGAGUCUGACUGUGCCACGCCAUUUCUCCUACUCAAGAACAUCAACUCCCACUGAUUCGUUAGGUACAGAGGGUAGGCAAGCUUAUCAAUAUUCCCGCAGCAUGCCAAAUAGUUACCUACAACCCAUGGAGAUUCCCUUACAAAGAACGCCUUCAUCGGGUGAUUACUAUGGUAGGGAACGCAGAGCACAUUCUAGUCCUAAUGUGCCAACUAAGUUCUUUUAUGCAGAUGACCCAGGGAGAUAUGUUACUACUGCUCCUCCUCAACCAAGUUCUUGCUUUCAUGAUGAACGUUACACACCAGGACAAACAUACACUCCAAAAGUGCAAUAUGUGCAAGAUCCAAGGACUCGAAUGGUGCAUGCUGUAGCUACAAGACCUUAUUAUCCUGAGAUGGAGACCUAUCCAUACUCUGUACAGACAGGGUAUCACAAACCCUAUGCAGCAAAUGAACCAGGGCCAUACAUCAUACAGACACCUCCAACAAGAUUAUUUUAUGGGGAUGAUCCAAGAUCUUAUCAAAUCCAGACUGCUCCGCCAAGGUUUUAUUAUUCCAGCGACAUGUACGCAAUGCCACCAGAGCAUCAUAUCCCAGCAAGGGCAUAUUACACGGAGGGCCGAAGACAUGCCAGAGUCAUUCAGGCACAAACAGAUGACUGGUAUGGCUCAGAUGCAUCUGGUUAUUCCACCAAUCCUGCCUCUUAUGUAUCUCAAGUCACUCCAACCAGAGCCCGUCCAGAUCCUGUGUUAACACCCUGGUAUGCCAACCCUUGUGUAGAACCUCAAAGAAUUGGUACAGAUUCAAAAUCUUACUCGAGGUCCUGGGACAAUAUUCUCAACCCUCAUGUAGAGAGGGAACAACCUCUUCCUGUACAGCGGGGUCAAAGCUAUGAUGACCUUCUUGACUCCAGGAAGCCUGCAGCAGCCGCAGGGGACAAACCACAACCAGUGGUAGUCAAUCUUUCCAGUUCACCAAGACGUUAUGCAGCCUUAUCAAUGUCUGAUAACUCACUUAUUGACAAAAGCCCAACAGAGACAUCAAAGAGCACUAGUAAACUCUGGUUUGUCACUCCUGAGAUAACAAUCACUGAUAAUGACAUUCGACCAGGGAAACUUAACAAGGCUGAAGGACGGUCUGCCAGUUGGGACAUUCUUGACUCCAGAAGCACCGAGGAUCCAGAACGGUCUCAUCGUGACUUUGAGAGCUCCACCAAAGAGAAGACACACGACAAUGCCUCACUACAGCAAAGCCUUGAACAACUUGAUGAGCUUCUGGCAGAUCUUGUGACUGAUUACAAGCCACCCAGUAGAAGGGCAAGUGAAGACAUUCUUGAUCAAUUAAAGAAGUUAAUUGAUGAGGAAGAAGCAGUAUCUCUGUCCAGAAAGAGCUCAAAGGCAUUUAUAGGUGAACCAGCUCCUCUUGACAAGCAGCCAACCUCAAUAAGAAUUAAUCCUAAUGCUUUUCGAGACAUGGACGGGGCCAGUGAUGCAAUGAAGAGUGCAGAUGAGUGCUCCCCAGAUCAGAGCCCAGAUGAGGAUGAUACAAUGAUGUGCUCUAACAACAAAUGCCGGAGGACAGAGACCCUGUUCAAUGCUUGCCUAUAUUUUAAAUCCUGCCACAGCUGCUACACUUACUACUGCUCUCGUAACUGUCGCAGGGAAGACUGGGACAUUCAUAAAGAAAGCUGCCUGUAUGGAAGAAUUGGCAGCAUAUGUCGUCACAUCAUCAAACACUGCCGGGAGACUGUUAACAUCCACAAAGCCUUCUCCCGUAUUGCCAAAGUUGGCUAUCUUUCUCGAGGUAGAGGAGUUCUGUUCCUUGGUUUUCCAAAUCCUGCAUCAUCCAGUAACUUCCUGCAGUAUGGCCUGGACAGUCUACUAAUGUCUCCUACAUACUUGUCCCUCCGAGAGCUUGAAAGCUUCAAGGACAACCUAGGGGAGUACUGUAAGGAGCUGCAGGAAGCUGGUAAAGAGUAUGACCCUAACGAAUGUUUCAUCUUGAAUGUAUCCAUUGCUGUUGGUGACCAAUUGCCUGACGGGCCAUCACCAAGGAACGAAGCUCCAACUGUCAGAAAAUAUGCAAAGGUAGCACUGGCUUCCUUCAGCCCUGAGAGAAAGGUUCACAAGAAAGAGAGUGACAUGGAAACGCUGAUCCUCACUCCACCACCUGGAACAGCAGAUAUCGACAAAGAGGGAGAGGAAGGCAGGAAGGCAAGAGAAAUCUGUUUUAUAAAUAUACAACGGGAGUUAAGGAUUCGAGGGGUUUUCCUACGCCAUGAAUACCCACAGGUAUAUCAGCAGCUUUGUGAGUUUGUGGAAAAUAACAGAAGGUUCACACCCACAACUAUUUACCCUAUUGAUAAGAGGACUGGUAAACAGUUUAUGUGCAUGAUUAUGGCUGCCUCUGAGCCCAGGACAUUGGACUGGGUAGGCACCCCGCAUCUCCUUGAUGACAUAAUUUAAUUGCACCUUUUGUUGUAAAUAUAUAUGUAUAGAAAUACAUAUAUAUUGUUACACAUAUUUAUAUAUCAAUCCAAUUACAAACAUUUGUAGAUAAGUAUUUUGUUAUCAAAAUGAUAUAUAUUCAUGUCUGCUUGGUCAGUAUUAUUCUUUUUCAGAAUAUUAUCUGCCAUGUGCAGAAUGAGUACAGUACAUUUUUUAUUUGAAUCUGUUUACCAACUACAUACUUUUUAUCCACCACACGUCAUUUAUCUGUAUCAAUCUGUAUAACACAUUCCCUUUGGUAGGAUUUACCUGCUGACAUUAUGGUAUUUUAAUUUUUGCAAAUUAUAAGCAACAACUUGUUUUUAUUAAACUUAUAGCCUCUUUAGAUGAGAGAGUCAAUUUCUGUAAGUGAAUACAGCAUGACUAUUUUUCAUAUGCAACUUUAAUGGUAUAUCAUGCAGAAAAUAUUUAACAUUAUUUUCUUAGCUACAUAAAUACUUUCUAUGCAAAGUUGCGUCAUGACUUAAGUACCACAUUACUGUAGGAGUUGUUUCUGUUAUAUAUUAUAUCAUAUUAUACACAUCUGUAAAGAACGUUUUAUUGAAAUUGAGAUGAAAUGUGGAAAGAUUGGUAGCAACGUAAAUCAUAAGAAAAAUAAAAAAGACAGUUGUGCUACUUGAAACAUCUAUAAAAAACACAAAAUUGUAUUGUUGCUUGAGUAGAAGUGCUGUACUGAAAUUUAACUUUUUACUUCUCAACUUUAAUGGCAUACUCUGGAGAAAUCCAAGCUAAAUUCAGUAGUUCUUUAAUUCUGCUCUGCAGAAUUACCGGAGCGCUACUGGACUUGAAAGCAAACUCCUCAAUGAAUAUUGAUAUGGUGCCAGUUACCAGCCACACAGUAGGUGUUGGCUUGUGUUCAGUUUUAAACACUGUGAAUAGUGAGAGUUACAAAAACAAAACUUGGUAUAAUACCAAGAAAUCAUGCAAUUUCCUAUAACACUGAUGUUGAUGAGUUGUAUUUUUUAGAUAUCUUUACGAAUAAAAAUAUAUGAAUUAGCAAAAGGAGUUAUUGUCCUUAGAACAAGGUGCGCCAGAUUUGGCACAGUAGCUAUAUGGUACAUAAAUGCUUGAAAAAUACAUUAGUUGUGUAUUUGUGCUGCACUAGGUUUAUAACAUAUGUAAUUUAUAUUGUCCUUUUUGGUUUUAGCUAAUCAGAACCUUUGCAUUGCUCAUUGCAUCAUGUUGCCUCAUUUCUCAAGAUACAGUACAUUUACAGUACAUUUUGUUUUUGUAGCGUCCUGAAUCCCACAUUUCCUGCCAGUACACUGAUGAUGAUUUGAAUCUUACAGUUAAGUUUUAAAAACUCAAGUGUAUCUGGAACAUAUCGUAUGCUUAUUUCCAAACUUUUAAAUGGUUUCAGCCCAUUUGUCAAAUGACUCAACAUAUCUGGAAGACAUGAAGGAGCAUUAAUAAAUCAGUCCUCAGUAAAGAUUGAAUAAGCUGUUUUUCCCCCAGUCAUUAAUCAUUGUUCUCCCUUUCAACUUCUUCCUUUAUGAUAUCAGCUUUCCUUAGAAUUUGUAAGACAAAGUACAGUGAAACUUGAAGUACAUUUAUAUUUGAAAAUCUGUUUCACUGAGUUACACCUGUUUGGCUGACAGGACGUGCUGUACAGAUUCAGUGAAAAGUUGCUGGCUGCAUGUGACUCUGUUUUAUAUGCUCUCAUCUCAUUUUAACAUGACAUUGAUGAUAGUACCUUGCUCGAUGAAUGGACUUGUGAAAGUGAAAACUGUUAUGCUGUGUAAGAAAAAAUAAAUGAAUUUUCCAUUUUUGUCAGUCAUUCAAGUUAAAAUAACGUGUCAAAAGUAAUGGAGAAGACCUCACUAAAAUGUCUAGAAAACCCUGUAAUCUUGUAUUUUUUAUACUUUCAGCCUAUGUGUCUGGGUGUGUCUAUUUAUAAACCAUAUCUAAUAAAUGGAAUGGGAACUCUG